GACGACAGCACAGAGUUCUGCGGACGGAGGACGGAGAACCAAGGCACUCAAUCAAGUAAGGCUGUAAGAGUAGUGGACUCGAAAAGUUGGAGUCGAGUCACUACUUGUGUAGCUUGGACUCCGGGGAAGUCAGUAGAAUCGCGGGCCGAGUCGAGUGCUGUCCACCAAACGGCCAAGAAACUUGACUCUCACUCCCAAGGCAUCCGUCAAACGGCAGAGAAAGCUGCACACCACGCGAACCGUUCGCUCGUUCAGCGAAGUCGUCAGUGAGUGACCACCGACCGUGUGAGUGCCGAGUGGUAUUCUUCUUCAUUCGUGAGUUCGUUUCCACCCGAGACUUGGAAGUCUUGGAAGUCUUGGAAGGCUGAGAAAAGCAAGGCACUCGCACAAGGUGAAUCCAUCUCGAUCGGCGACACCACACUUCCUCCGUUCGUCCUCCACGGACCGACGGAGGCCGUCCCUGCUGUGUGCUUUCAUCCUCCUCGCCUCUUCGAUCUCUCUCUACAUCCUGCUUGAUUGCUUGCUAGUGGCUUGGUCGGCCUUUGAGCUCACUCAAAAUAGCUCGUGGACCCAAGAAGGAGGAAGGAGAGUGAUCCUUCUACGUUCCUCCGUUCCUUCGUUCCUUCGCUCGCUCUCUCUCUCUCUCUCUCUCUCUCUCUCUCUCUCUCUCUCUCUCUCUCUUGCGUUCAUUCCUCCCUCGUUCCGAUUGUCGUUCGUUCGUUCGUUCGUUCAGUCGUUCGUUCGUUGUUCAGUCGUUCGUCGAUUCGAUCAUUCGUUCGUCUCAAUCUGCCCGUGUCUCCAAAUUCGAGGCAAAGGCUCACCGACUCUCUCUUACUCUCUUUCUCCUUCCCCAUUACGAGAUUGAUACCAGCUGGAUGGCGGUAACAGUCUUGGAUGGGCGACGAGAAACUCGGUGAGUGAUCCAGCCAGCCAGCCAGCCAGCCUUCAGUCCCACAUCUACAACACCUCAACGGCGGUCUUCUUGCCACGCGACCUCACCGAUAUCGAGUGAGAAAGACGUCAAAUUGCGGAUCACCGUGUGGCGUCUCCCUCAGUCUCUUUCUGCUUCCUUCCUGACGGAUUGAAGCACCCAGUGGAACUAUUCCCAAUCUGGCACUCGAACCCUUCAGACCCGUUGGAAGUGCCGUGAUAUUGCGGGAAAAUCAUUCUCAGUGCAAGUGUGGAUGUGAGUUCAUUCCUCAUCCAACUUUCAAUCAGUCAAGGAUUCCAUUCAGGGCUUGUGCGUCUUGGUGGGCCAAACUGUGUCUUUCGCCCGCUCAAAAUUGUUAUGACGAGGCGCUCCUUCUGUACACUUCUGCAAGUCCAUAGAGAGACCUGAUGUGCGAGUGAGCCAAUUGGAUUGUGAAAGCUAAAAGCAAACACUUGAUCACAAAACAAGCACAUUUGUUCAUCCCUCGUCCGUCUGUCCUCUCUCUGCCUCUCCUUGCUUCCCAUCAUCAUCAUCAUCGACACGAGACCCGUGAUUCAUCCGUGUCCGUGUGCCUGUGCGUGUUCAAUUGAGCUCCAACCAGCACCGACCCAUCUCACCUGUCCCAGGCAUUGAACCGCGACGACACUUCUCGGCUUCGCCAUCAUCAAUGUCUGUUCAAGUUGAGUGCUACCACCAUCCUGCGGCGGCUUCAACAUCCCCUCUGUCAAGCUUGGUUGCCACAAAACGACGGGCCUCCUCCUCCAUCUGCAUUUCCACAUCUUCAUCCUCGAACAUGCUGAGUGAGCCGGCCUCUGUGGUGGUCCGGGGGAAAACCAAUAGCACUCUGAAUUCUAGCCGAAGGGACAGCUUGAAGUUGAGCUUCGCUCGCAGUAUUUCCCAGCCUCAUCCCGAGGCCGGGAUCAAUUCCCCCAUUCUGAGCCCGCCCACUCUGUCCCCUUCCCUCCACCCAUCUAAGCGUUGUCGAAUGGAACUGGCCUCCCAAUCUUCGAUGCGCCCGGAUGUGAUCUCCCUUAGCCCUUGCACCACCUCGAAUGUGGCCCCAUUUGCUGCACACAAACCCACCACCUGUCUGCUCCGACCUCCCCCCACCAGCAUUUCGGGUUCCAAGGCACGGACUAUUGAGCCCUUAACUUUGGCCGGCAAAUUAGAGACCAAGCCCACCACAUUUCCCAUCGUUCGAAACGCAAGUGCGCCCAACUCCUCAACUGCUGGUAUCCUUCUGAUUGAUUGUCGACCCUUCAUUGCCUACAAUGUCAAUCAUAUUAAAGGGGCGAUCAAUGUGAACUGCUGUGAUAGAUUCAACCGAAAAAGGCUGCAACAAGGUAAAGCCACCCUGGCUGACUUGGCCACCACCAAAGAAGGCAAAGAGUUGUUGAAGAAGCGAACCUGGAAAGAAGUGGUCGUCUAUGACGACUGCUCCGAGAGCUUGGAACACCUGCCUGUCAGUCACACCCUCUUUCUUGUGAUGAAUGCUUUGGUGGAGGACCACAGAGAACCCAUCAUGCUUCUCGGGGGCCUCCGGGACUUCCAAGUGGGGCAUCGAUCUUUGUGCGAAGACUACCUCAUGAACAGUGGUGCCAGCUCCUCGAAUGGCUUGUGUCGUACCCCCACCUCUCAUCUGUUGCCGGAUCUCCCUUCUCCAUCCGAUAUUUGCAAUACCAAAGACAUUGAGAACCAUCCUGCGUCCCAAGUUCUACCAUAUCUGUUCCUCGGUAACAUGCGAGAUGCCUCUGAUGGGAGCUCCUUAAAGGACCUAGGCAUUAAGUAUGUGUUGAAUGUGACCGCCAAGCCCCCGAACUACCCUCUCGCGUCGGAUUUAGUGUAUAAGCAGAUUUGCGCCUCGGACAGUGGGAUCCAGAACCUGCGGCAGUUUUUUGAGGAAGCCUUUGACUUCAUCGAUCUGGCUCGUUCCAACGCCAGUGGCGUCCUCAUUCAUUGUCAUGCAGGCGUGUCCCGCUCGCCCACCAUUGCGGUAGCUUACCUCAUGAAGCAUUAUCCCAUGGCCAUGUCUGAGGCCUAUAAAUUUGUCAAGACACGCCGCUCCAUCAUUUCCCCCAAUCUCAAUUUCAUGGGUCAGCUCUGGGAAUACGAGCAAGGGCUAAGUGAGCCCACUGCCGAGGAGGCGUCCUCUCACAAAUGUCAAAAAGAGCCGCUUACAGUUGAAAUGAAGGCCGUGAAGGAGAGCAUCCGAAGCCAAAAGUCCUUCUUCCUCGGCUCUUCUUCCUCGGCGUAUGAUCUCAGCACGGUAAAUGAAAAAGGAUUCAAUGGCAUACGUUGGACAGAUCGACCCAAAGAAGAGGAGGAGCAAGGCUGCAGUGUGUAGAAAGAAUUGGAAGCCAACGUCUGAUUUCCAUCUCCUUUUAGAACAAUUCCACUUGAACAGGUCAAAUCUAGUCAAACCCAACAAACGAAGAAACGAAAACCAGCCAGCCAGCCAGCCUCUUGGAGAGGCACUCUUUCUUUAGGCCACACGCGCCUUUGAAAUGAACUCGUCAACAUUGUGAUGGUUGUGCACUCGAGGACUCGAGGAUGGGUGGUCAAAAUAUUCACAUAAUGCGAUCAUUCUCAUUCGUUUUUGGAAGUGACUCGUGGCGGACAGACACCUCAACAGCAUUAUAGAGCAUGCCCAUUGAUUAAAAAAAAACAGAGUUCCAGAAACAAACAAACAAAUAGAGGGAUAUUGAGCAAUGCAACAGAUCCAAGUCAUAUAGGUAUAUCUACGUAUUGUGAAAGCGUAAUUUUGUACAUAACUAAAGCCCGUGGUACCCAGUUGAGAAAGUGGCCCGUGGCAAUUGGCACCGUUCUUUGCCCCUCUGACCGAUGGACGACUAUUUAUUUUAGCAAAGAUUUCAUCACAGUUACCCCUCCCCACCCUCACCCACACACAC